AUGGUGGAGGACGACGUUAGUGAAGUGACUAUGGAAGUCCCGUUGGGCAAAAGCGAUCAUAGUAUAAUCACGUUUAGGAAAUGCAUAAAUCAGGAAAAUCCCCCCUCCAAAUUAAUCAGGAACUUCAGUCGAAUGAAUGUGGCCAACCUAUUCCAAGAGGCUGAUUCGACCAUUCCAUGGUCGCCCAACGAUGAUGCAUCUGUUGAGGAGGAACGGAGCGUACUUUGGGAACACCUAGUAAAGCUCAUUAACAGGUCGUCCAUCGAUAGUGGUCUCUUAUUCAGUGCUUUGUCGGGGCGAGAUCGUGUCAUGAUCAUUAUCACAUGUUUAGACAACAUCCACCAAGCAACCGAGCAAAUCAGUUUGUCCCAGUUCGAGAAGCAUUCCAGUUUUCCCAACAAGGGUGACAAGAGAACACGCUCUGCCGUCAUUGGGACUCUUCUGGCUUCUGUUAACUCAGCGGGUGUAAGGAAGCUUCGAAUUCGUCCAUGUGUGGCCACAAUUGCUCGCUUCAACGAUUUUAUAGACCCAGGACACUCCCUACGAGUCAAAACUAUUGUCCAAUACGACCAGGCAAUCUCAACAGUCAAUGUAAAAGAAAUUAAAGGCAUACUGCGAGACCUGAACCAAAGCACUAUAUUCGAACGUAAAAUACACGAGGAGUUGUCAGUACAAUUGGAUGGUGUAUUGAGUCGCGACGAUCGAUUGGUAAUCAAACCGCCACUGCGGAAGACGGUACUAGAAGAAUUGCAUAAAGGAUAUAUGGGCGUGGAGAAUAUGAAGUCAUUGGCUCGACAGAUAGGUUGGUGGCCGGAGUUUGACACAGACAUUUACGCAACAGCCAAAAACUAGAUUGCCAUGUACGCGGAUGAUGUCACCAUCUGGGGCACAGACGCAUCCCAGUGCAGUCGGCGAUUGACCAAACAAAAAAUUGGUCAGUCGACUGGAGCUUACCAAUGA